AUGCACGGCAAUAGAAGAUUCGUCGGUGUGCCCCCAACUUGUCGUCCAGAGUGUAGAGUGAGCUCAGAGUGUCCACAGAACAAGGCGUGCAUCGAUAACAAGUGCGCUGAUCCUUGUCCAGGAUCCUGUGGAUUGAACACAAAAUGUUUGACUGUCAACCAUAAUCCCAUUUGCACUUGCACCACUGGAUACACUGGCAAUCCAUUGGUCCAGUGUACCAGAUUCAACGCCUCCCAACCACCGUUCAAAGAUCUUGGGAAUCCGUGCUCACCUAAUCCCUGUGGACCUAAUUCUCAGUGCAGAGUGAUUGGUUCUCAACCUGCCUGUUCUUGUCUAUUGAAUUUCGUCGGACGUCCACCGAAUUGCAGACCAGAGUGCGUUGACAACUCGGAUUGCUUCCAUUCAGCGGCGUGUAUAAACCAGAGGUGCAAGAAUCCUUGUCCUGGAGCCUGUGGAGAACUGGCCAGGUGCUCGGUUCAGAAUCACAUUCCCAUUUGCACCUGUCCCGAGGGAUAUGAGGGAGAUGCUACUAUUCGUUGCGUCUUAGCUCCUCCUCCAACAACAGACAUAAGCGUAACGAAUCCAUGUUCUCCGAAUCCGUGCGGGCCAAAUGCUCAGUGUCGUGAAAGAAACGGCGCUGGUGCUUGUGCAUGUCCGCCAGACCUCAUUGGAGAUCCUUAUGACAACGAGAAGGGAUGUCACAGAGAGUGUGAGUCGAACAACGACUGUGCUCCACAACUGGCUUGCGUUGGCUUCAAGUGUUCCGAUCCUUGUCCGAGCACUUGCGGUACAUUAUCCAUCUGUAAUGUUCAGCAACAUGUUCCUGUGUGCACUUGUCCUCCAGGAUACACAGGAGAUCCGUACUUCGCUUGCGAAGUCAAAGAAAUGACAAAAGUACCUCCAUUGGACCCAUGCUCACCGUCGCCCUGUGGACCCAACAGUAAAUGCCGUGAAGUGAACAGACAAGCAGUCUGCACGUGUCUUCCGGAAUACAGAGGUAUUCCACCGAGUUGUAGACCGGAAUGUGUGGUGAAUGCGGAAUGUCCAGCUCAUUUGGCUUGCUUGAACAAGAAAUGCACAGACCCGUGUCCGAACACCUGUGGAUUAAGAGCAUUGUGUGCCACUAAGAAUCACAAUCCCAUUUGUACUUGCCCUGUUGGAUUUACAGGAGAUCCAUUCUCCCAAUGCUCUCUUGCUAUGGAUGUUCCAUCAAUCACGGAGCGGCCGCCAUCUUGCAAUCCAUCGCCUUGUGGCCCGAAUUCUCUGUGCCAAAUCAUAUCUGGAAACCCAGCUUGCUCCUGUCUACCAAAUUAUAUCGGUGUUCCUCCAGAGUGCAGACCAGAAUGCAUUCUAAGCUCUGAAUGCAAGAGUCAUCUAGCAUGCGUGAACCAAAGGUGUCAAGAUCCUUGUCCAGGCUCGUGUGGUGCUAACGCUCAGUGUCAUGUACUGAAUCACAUUCCCGUUUGUACCUGCAUGGAAGGAUUCACUGGCGAUCCUUUCACACAGUGCAUAGUGCUUCCACCGACAACUUUGCCACCUAUGAGCGACCCAUGCAACCCAUCGCCUUGUGGACCAAACGCCAUAUGCAAGAACGGUGACUGUGAGUGUCUGCCUGAGUACCUCGGCAAUCCGUAUGAAGCUUGUCGACCAGAAUGUAUCCUCAAUUCGGAAUGUCCACGUGACAAGACUUGCCUGAAGAACAAGUGCAAAGAUCCAUGUCCUGGAACGUGCGGACAAAACGCAGUUUGCGAUAUUGUUAAUCAUAUUCCAGUAUGCUCUUGUCUAUCUGGAUACAUCGGAGAUCCAUUCGUCAGUUGUCGUGUUCAGCCUCAAAUUCCACAAGCUUCGAGGGAUCCAUGCUCACCCGUUUCACCGUGUGGACCAAACAGUCAGUGUCGUAAUAUCGAGGAUCAUGCAGUGUGUUCUUGUCUUCAAGGGUACCUUGGAUCUCCACCGUCCUGUAGACCCGAGUGCGUGGUCAGUUCAGAGUGUCCGCCCACUCGUGCUUGCGUCAACAAGAAAUGCACUGAUCCUUGCUUGGGAUCUUGUGGUUUGAACGCCAGGUGCGAAGUGAUCAAUCACUCGCCGAUUUGCAGUUGUCUUCCUGGACAGACUGGAGAUCCGUUCAAGAGUUGCUAUGAUAUUCCAGCUCCACCAGAUGUCAAAGACACGGGAGAUCCCUGCAAUCCUUCACCUUGCGGACCAAAUGCUCAGUGUCAAAACGUGAAUGGCUAUUCAUCCUGUUCUUGCCUUCCUACUUACAUAGGAACACCACCAUCUUGUCGUCCAGAGUGUUUGAUAAACCCUGAUUGUCCAUCAGACAAGGCUUGCAUAAAUUCGAAAUGCACAGAUCCUUGUCCAGGGUCCUGUGCAGAAAAUGCUAGGUGCCUUGUCGUCAAUCACGCAGUCACCUGCUCCUGUGCAUCCGAUUUUACUGGGAACCCAUUCGUCCAAUGUGUCGAAUUAGAAAAAGAACCUAUCAAUCCAUGUGAACCGUCACCCUGUGGUCCAAACGCUAUGUGCCAACAACGCGAUAACGUCGGCGCGUGCAUUUGCAUCGACGACUAUCAUGGAAACCCCUACGAAGGCUGUCAACCGGAAUGCAUCCUCAGUUCAGAUUGUCCAACCAACAAAGCCUGUGUUCGCAACAAAUGCGAGGAUCCUUGUCCAGGAAUAUGCGGCAUUCAAGCUCAGUGUUCUGUCAUCAAUCAUAUUCCUACCUGCACCUGUCAACCUGGUUACGUUGGAGAUCCCUUCAGCAUUUGCAAUAUGCCAAUUAUCUCGGACACAGAACCCAGUGUCACCGAUCCUUGUAGUCCAUCACCUUGCGGACCUAACAGUCUAUGCAGAGCUGUGAAGGAUCAGGCUGUGUGCACCUGUCAGGAGUCCUUCGUUGGUUCGCCACCUAACUGCAAACCUGAAUGCGUCGUGAACUCCGAGUGUCCUCAAAACAGGGCUUGUUAUAAGUACAAGUGUACUGAUCCUUGUCCUGGAACUUGCGGAGUGGGAGCCAAUUGUCGCGUGAUCAAUCACAACCCUCUAUGCAGCUGUCCACAAGGCAACACGGGAGAUCCUUUCUCUAGAUGUUAUCCUCAACCAAUCACACCAGCGCCGCCAGUGGGUGAUCCUUGCAAUCCAAGUCCAUGUGGUCUCUAUGCAGAGUGCAGAGCAAUCGGUGAUCAAGCUGCUUGCUCCUGCUUGAAGAAUUACAUAGGACUUCCACCCAAUUGUCGCCCAGAGUGCGUCGUCAAUUCAGAUUGUCCUUCUAAUCAAGCUUGCAUCUCGGAGAAGUGCAGAGAUCCUUGCAUUGGAUCCUGUGGACAAAACGCGGAUUGCAGGGUGCAGAAUCAUAUCCCAGUCUGCCUGUGUCAAACGGGUUACACUGGUGAUCCUUUCACGCUGUGCCCGAAGAUCUAUGCAACCCGUCACCCUGCGGACCAAACGCAGAAUGCAACGAGGGCAUCUGUUCCUGUCUUCCAAACUAUUUCGGCGAUCCGUACUCGUACUGUCGCCCAGAGUGCACUAUGAACUCGGAUUGUACUCGACAGAAGGCGUGCGUAAAUCAAUACUGCGUAGAUCCUUGCGUGGGCA